UCAUAGAGAGCAGGGAGAAGAGGGGAGAAAGAACCACCGUUUUUUUUCUAAUAUACCUUUACCGCGUCGCAUGCAAGGCGAAGGAAGAUUGAGGAAAAUCGAGAGAGAGAAAAAAUGAGUUCCUCGGCUAUCUUAUGUUGUUUUACGGACAAGGAGAGUAAACAUGUGGUGUGAUCAGGGGACACACGUUUCACGCAGUCAGUUGCAAGGUGGCAGUGGUGCGAGACGGAGUAUGCGCCAGCUCGGUCUUACACUUAGUACUAACGUUCGGCAACCUAGACAGAUCGGAUACAUGCGAAGUGCCCGUUUGGUAACUGUUGUUGGAUGCCUGGCCUGCUAGCAUGCUGUAAUAUGGGACGUUCAAGACUUUUCUCCAUUCUCCUGGUGGUGUGUCUGACCUCUCUUUUCGCCUUCUACUACACCUCCGUCAAAUCCACGCCCAUCGGCUUCAGUAUAGAUUCUUUAGACGCGCGGGAACUUAAAAAACUUUCGGCCGCCCUUCAGCAUGAGGAGGCGCCCGAGGCAGAGACGCAGGGGACCACCACCGAAGCGCCCUUGACGGACCCCCCAGCCAAGUCACCCUCCUUCAUCCCUCCUUCGCGGUCCUUCGGCAGUAGGGAGGCCACGGAGGGCGCGCCGCCGAAGAGGGAAGACGGUCUCAUGCCCUUCGAGGACGAGAGAGAUUCCAAGUUCGACCUCGCCAAGAAACUGUUUAAUCCGGAGAACGUCUCGAGCGAUGCCGACGGCCCUCCGCUGAAGAGGAUCUUGUUUUGGAACGAUGCUUAUUCGAACAAGGACUUCGGCUUCGGCUUCGGACGCGAGCCGUUCAUCCGAGCCGGCUGCCGCGUCAACACUUGCCUCACGACGGGAAAGCGCGAUCGGUUCCCGCUGAAGGAGCUGGACGCUGUUAUCUGGCACUUCAGGGCGAAUGACAAGUCCCUUCCUGCCGAGCGAUCACCGCACACUCGCUACGUCUUCUGGAUGAUGGAGUCUGCGUCUCAUCUCUUCGGUGACAUAAGGCGGUUCAAUAACCUCUUUAACUGGACCAUGACCUACCGCCUGGACUCAGAUUUCGCCAAUCCGUACAACCGCGUGUACAGGCGGAGACAGCCCUUGCAAAUCGCACGUAACUACACAGAAGGGAAGAACAAGUUAGCGGCGUGGUUCGUCACCAACUGCCACACCAUCGGAGGCAGGGAGAGCCUCGUGUCGACCCUGCAGCGGUGGAUCAAAAUAGAUGUGUACGGAGGGUGCGGGCCCUUCAAGUGCGAGAGGGCCCAGCAGUCCGAGUGCCACAGGAUGCUGAAUCAAACCUACAAGUUCUACCUGUCCUUCGAGAACUCCCUCUGUCAGGACUACGUCACGGAGAAAUUUUUCAACAUGUUACGGCUGGACGUCGUGCCCGUCGUCUACGGUCUGGGGAACUACUCCGUGCAGGCGCCUCCUCACUCCUACAUCGACGCCCUCUCCUUCCCGACGGCGAAGGACCUCGCCGACUACCUCCUCUACCUCGACAGGAACCACACCGCCUACAACGAGUACUUCAAGUGGAAGUCGGACUAUUUCGUGGCGAGGGGCGACUGGGCGCGAGUCGCCCGGGCGUACUGUGCCAUGUGCGAGCGCCUGCACACGGACACGACCCCCAAGACGUACGACCUGUACGACUGGUUCGUGAGCAAGUCCCACUGCCUGUCUCGGUCGUCGCCCCGAAUCCGGGCCCUCAUCGGCGGGUAGCAGCAGAGCCCACAAGAGAAGACGCUUGCAAGGGCUGCUCAAUUGCAUGUCGCUUUCAUGCACGAUGCAACUUUCUCCAUCUUGGCGCGAAAGGACCAGGGUCGUCCCAUCUCCGUGUUAAAAAAGAGACAUAAAAAUCAUCAAUGAACUAUCAUUAUUAUUAUUAUUAUUAUUAUUAUUAUUAUUAUUAUUACUGUUAUUGUUAUUAUUAUCAUUACUUUUAUUAUUAUUAUUAUCAUUAUUAUUAUUAUUAUUAUUAUAUUAUUAUUAUUAUCAUUAUCUCUAUUAUCAUUAUAAUAAUAAUAAUAAUAAUAAUAAUAAUUAUUAUUAUUAUUAUUAUUAUUAUUAUUACUAUUAUUAUUAUUAUUAUUAUUAUUAUUAUUAUUAUUAUUAUUAUUAUGUUCUUUUCCUUUGUGACCAUGUACGCUGCGACAUUAUUUUUUGUGUGUGUGUCAUAAUGCUGUGUGUUCUUGGUUUGAAUAAAAUUUUAUAUUUUUUA